AUGCGUCUGGGGCGAGAGGAAAGCGGCCAUGGUCCGAAUGCCGACAUGUCGUCCACGGAGGAGGAGUCGUUGCCUGCCAAGUACUGUAGGUGCAAGUACAAAGGCACCAAGUAUCAUUACGGCAUGAUUACUCCAUCCACCGUCCUCGGGCCCGCCUUUCUCUCUCUCUCUCCUUUCUCUCCUCCCUCGUUUGUGCCGAGUUCGUCCUUUACUCGCCAUCCUCUCGCCAUCCUCUCGCCAUCCUCUCGCCACCCUCUCGCCAUCCUCUCGCCGUCCUCUCGCCGUCCUCUCGCCGUCCUCUCGCCGUCCUCUCGCCGUCCUCCCCCCAUCCUCCCCGCAUCCUCCCCGCAUCCUCUCCUCGUCGUCCGCGCAUCGACUCUUCGCCGUUCCCUCACCCUCGUCCCUUCGCCUUCGCUCCCGCCGCUGUCCGACGUCGUAUUCCCGCUGCAUCUCGACCCCCGGCGGCUCCUCCUGCAUGUCCGACGUGCCGCGGAAGCGAAGUUCAUGUUGCCCAAUAUGACUUCGAGCAAGUCUUUUCGAGCCUCCCUCUUCCCCUCCUCCUUCUCCUUCUCCGCCCUCCGCUCCAGCUCGGAGGGCGAGAGGCGUUCGCGGAAGCUACAGCGCCGCAUAUCGAGCCCCGACCCCUUCAAGCAGCAGCAGCCCUCCUCGCACGCGGCCGCGGAUGAUUUCGUCCGCUUCCCGGGCGACAAGGACGCCCCGACGCCGCCGGGAGAGCCCGCCGCCUCGCCGACGCUGCGGAGCAAGUCGCGCGGCUGGAGUCGUCGCAUCUCCCUCUUCUUCCCCCCGCUGACGUCCCACGGCGCAGACUCGGAGGCCCAGCCGAUGAGCAGGAGGCCGACCACGGCCGCCACCGUCCGACCGUCCGAGACACCUCCGAUUCCGCAGCCGCCGCCGCCGCCGCCGCCGCCUCCCUACGACGCCCAUGACGCGUCCGCCUCGUAUGCGAGCAGCGUCGCCGGCUCCUUCGAGCCCGCCUCGGAGCCGAGGACGCCGCCACCGCUCGCCUCGACGUCGUCUACGGUCGCCUCCCUGCCCGAGCUCAACUUUGACGAGCUCGACAUCUCGGGCCCCGCGACGCACCAGAUCCUCUCGCCGUCGUCCCCCGUCAUGGACAUGGCGCCCGUCGUCGUCGACGAUCCCAAGAAGCUGAGCCUCCAGACGGACCAUGCUCACACGCGCCGACGGAGCUCCACCUUCCAGUACCAGUCUCCGCUGCCCGAUCCGCAGCCCCGUCUGCAGACGCGCUCGACGUCGCCCAUGCCCACGCGAGGCCGCCGAAGCAACCCCCAGACGCCGACGGUCCGCACCGAGGAUGAGUACGGCACGCCCGUGUCGUCGUCGCCCGUCCUCAGAGCCGUGUCCACGGCCGAGCACAGCUCGAGUCCCUCGUCGAUCAAGGUGCGCAGAAGUUGGCUCCCCGGCGUCGGAAACAGGUCUCGCUCCCACUCGACCGAGGUCAGGCCGGCGCCCAGAUCCUACGCCUGGAUCCUCGACGACGACGCCCAGCCCGAGUACAACCCCGCGAGCCUCAUGUACGGGGACAAGGUCCCCGAGUUGUGGAACGAAGGCGGCACCGUUCUCGUCUUCCUCUACCCCAAGGAGAGCGGACGCGGACCCUCGUUCAAGGUGCCCGAGUUCACCGUCAGCUCGUCGUACGUCUUCAACGAGCUCAUGGUGGCGGAGCUCGAGGCCCCGAGCCGCACGAGGAGCCACGCCCGGAGCUUCGGAGGGCGCGACAACCUCCGCGCACUCGACGCCGGCAUGGUCGCCUCGCCCCCCGUGUCCCCCCCGCCUCCCCAGGACUGGUUGGGUUGCAUGCGCCUCUACCUCCCCACGGCCUUUCCCGCCGCCCGCCUGUCGGCCCACGCCUCGGCGCGGCCCGAGGGCUCCACGGCCGAGCUGGACCGCCUCAUCGGCAUCAGGAAUCUCUUCGCCUUCCUCACCGGCCAGCCCCUCGUCGGCACGAGGUCGCGGCCCACGACCUUUGACGCCCUCAUCCAGCUCGCCGAUCUGCUGCCCGAGUUCGGCUUCUCCGACUACCGCGGCGACACGUUUGGCGAGGCCGUCGACCUCAGCUUCAGCUUCUACUCGGAGCAGCUCGGCCUCGCCGAUUGCCGCCACAGCCGCGCCAGGACGCUCGAGGCGCUCAUCCUCGGCGAGCGCCUGCGCUGCCUGGACCUCUACAACGAGGCCUUCGCCCACGCCGCCGGCAAGUACGAGGCCAUCAUGGAGCUGCGCACGCCCCUCUUCGACCAGCUCUCGCCCCUCACGCGCCAGCAGCUGGAGCGGGCCCACCUCGAUCUCGUCAACCGCCAGCACAGCGUCAACGAGCACCUCGAGCAGUUCGACUUCCCCUCACUCUUCGCCGGCAUCGCCAACUCGACGUCGAUUCCCGAGCUCCGCCAGGUGCGCUUCAAGGCGUUCCGCAACUCGUUCCACCGCAUGCGCACCUUCGUCCUCGGCUACUACAAGGCCACGUUUGGCAGCUGGCCGCCCAAGGCGAGCAACAAGAAGAACCCCUUCGCCGAGAGCGGCCUCAACCGCAUCGUCCUCAAGCUCCUCUACUCGGACAUGUGCGCCCUCUACGACCUGCUCGUCGACCGCACGAGCAUGACCUCGAGGACCAUGGACGAGGUGCCCGCCAUCUCGAGCGCCGCCGACAAGAUGACGACGUCGGCGCUGCGCAUCAUCAUGUCCGAGUUCGACCGCUCCCGCCCGCCCGUCCUGCCCCCGAUUCCCUUCGACCUGCCGCAGCUUCCCUCGAUGACGUCGAUCCACGAGACCUUCAGCUCGCUCUCGGUCAAGAACCAGAACAGGUUCGAGAAGAGGAUCAAGGAGCACGAGAUGCGCCUCGUGCUGAACAAGGCCUACAACUACGACACCAACAGCAUCAGGCUCCCCUUCCUCGAGCAGUUCAAGAUCUUCGAGAUGCGAGAAGCCAGGGGCAGGACGUGCCAGGACCUCGCCGACCAGCGCAUCGGCUACUGGCUCUUCCUCUACGGCGUCCUGCAGUCGUUGCCCAUGCUCGUCGUCGACGCGCCGGGCCUCAAGUACGCCGACGGCGUCGAGUACUUUCUGUGCGAGCCGCCCAUGGGCAACGCCCCCUGGGUCGGAGACAGGCAGGUGCGCAAGAUGUGGUACGAGGUGACGGGUAGCGAGGGUCGACUCGUCGAGCUCUCGGCCGACGCCGUCAUGUUCAGCGUCGAGGCAACGUACCUCCGGAGCCACUGCUGGCUGGCGGCGAAGGAGUGGGAGGAGAUGGAGGCCGACGAGGAGGCGCCCAUGGAGGAGCCCGUCGCCAUGUCGCCGCUGGAGCCGCCGCCCUCGGUCUUCCCCGGAAGCGAUGUUCUCAUCUCCAGCCCGUCCUCGUUCGGCGCCAGCUCGUGCACGCCGUCGCCGCCCCCCGGAGGCCUCUCACUGGCCCUGCGACAGCGGACCGUGUCUCCGGGCAUGAACCGCGCCAGCUCCGCCUGGCGCUCGAGCAUCGCCUUGGGCCUGGAGCCGGUGCCGAUGGAGCCCUCCGGCUUGGUCGAGGGCUACAAUCGAAGCAGCUCGCUCGGCCCUCGUCCCUCGAGCAGCUACGUUGCCGCCCGGUGCGUCUCGGUGGGCAACCUCGCCGGCUUGUCGAGGAGCUCAACCCCCACAUCCCAGGCGGCGACGUCCAAUUCUGGCGCCACCUUUGACGACAUCCUCGGCCGGCCGGACGAGAAAUCGGACGGCAGGAAGAAGGGAGGAUUUUUCAGGUGA